AACGUUAGGUGUGGCAACACCAGCCCGCCUCCUCUUGUCAGUUGCCACACCGCUUCAGUCCACUUCCCCAGCCCGCUGAGAGAGGACGUACAGUGUUCGUGCGCUAGUCUCGUAGCAAGACGGACGAUUGCAUAUUUCAUUCUCCAUUGAAUACUUGACAAUCGAGUGACCUAAGACAAGUCUACCCCCGCCCACCUCACCCCACCCCGCUCACGUAGUCAUGGUUGCACCUCACGUGGAGACCCAGCUCACCAGGUCACUGGUUCGAAUCCCUAACAGCGGGAGGGACAGACGUGCCGGAGCUGUACUUCAUGACUUAUCAAGAGUGUCCUCCGCUGCGGCGCUGGUGCCCAUCACCAGCUAUUUUGCUUUAGGCAUCUUACCAUCAACGUUAUCUCCGCCGCGGUCGCAGGCGCAGGUGCCUCAGCCUUCAUCACUCCUGUGUACGGACAAAAACCCGCUGAAGUUGUCAACCAGAGCUGUGCCAUGUGCUGCUACCGCCGAGACCUCGACCACCUCUGGGGCUCGUGUGAUGUCAAGGGGUGGUAAAAUAACAACUAACUCCUCUUCUGCAACGGUAAAUCCUACUGGAAGCCGCAAAAGAUCAGUGCAACAAGACCACAACAGUAUUGCCACAGAGGUCCGGUCACCCAAAAUCCCCAGAACAACUACUACCCCUAGGAAGCCGACCCAGCAGUCUCGUCGCUCGACACCUCGCCCCGUGACUGGAGACUACCGUAUUAUGGGACAACUGCUGAGGGAAAGGGAACAGCUAUUGGCUGAAAAUAUGGCUCUCAAACUAGAGUUAAGUAGGAGAAGUCAGGAGAGAUUCCAUCUGGGACUGUAGGUCACUAGACGCGAUGUGGAUGCCCACACGUGUCAGCGAUCUUAGCCCCCGUCACUCCUCUCACUGUACUGACGUACACGCCACGACGCAUGCCUUUAACUACCCUCAGUUACUCCUCUCAUUGUAGUAAUGUGCACACCACCACCCCUGCCUUCAACUGCCCCGAUCACUGCUUUCACUAUAGUAACGUGCACCCUUGUCUUCAAUUGCCCCUCCACACCCCCAAGGUCGCUGCUCUCACUGUAGUGACGUGCAAACCACUACGCCUGCAUUCAGCUGCUUGUGGACGACUUUGAAAGAUUAGUGAUCAUUUGUUUUCCAUGGAAUACAUGAAAAUAAUUCAAAUUACACUGUGAACGUGUAGUUCUGUGAUAAAGUUUCUGAACAAUCCAAAAAAAAUGAAGCCAUGUAUAAAUUAUAUAGAGAGAAUGGGUCUAGUGGAAACUGUAUGUACUGUACUUGAAAUAAAAAUAACAAAAUGCUAAAUGAUUUCAAAUUUAUAUUUUUUUCAUGGAAGAAUUACAUUUUUGUAAUGUAUGUCAAAAAAUGUUACCUAUUAAGUUAACUUAGUGGCUUUUAUUUUUUUUUCAUUUUUGAUCAAAUAUAUUUUGUAAUAAU